AUGAAUACUUCCAGGGUAUGUACACCGCCACUGCACAGAGUAGUAGCUGUCAUGUCGUCCUGGUUAAGUAUACGAAUCUCCAAAGUCUUCUUAUUGCUGUUGUUGUCCGUACCGUUAUAUAAACCUGAAAGAAAUGUCGCCUUAACGGGUACUGCAAUACAAUCAACAGACCAAGGACAUCUAUGGACAGCAAAUAAAGCGAUCGACAAUUGCAUCAACCAAUCCGUAACAUCUAAUUGCUGUGCUCUUACGUCCGAUGAAGGUUACACACAAGCAGAAUGGCGUGUAGAUUUAGGACAGAUGAGGACAAUACAAUAUAUCACGAUCUACUUCAGACAUAAUUCUGCGUCCCGUUUUGGUGGAUACACGCUCUUCGUGUCAAACUCAACAGCCCACCUGCAUGACAUUGUUUGUUACAAGGAUAACAGUAGUAAGGCAGCAGAUUUACAAUUAAACCCGACACACCAAUGCCCUUACGUAGCGCGGUAUGUAACCAUCUACAACUACAGAGAGAACCCGGCCAGGCAGACCUGGUAUGAUAAAUACGCUAUUCUGGAAUUAUGUGAAGUUCAAGUCUUUGGAUGCCCGAUGGGAAGUUUUGGAAAUGGCAAUUGUAACAGUAAUUGCUUAGAAAGCUGUUUAGGAGGAAAUUGCAACGCAAACAAUGGUUCCUGUUUCUAUUGUUUUCCUGGAAUGUUCGGCGAGUUUUGUGAACAACAUUGUAGUACAGACUGUAGUAUGUCCACUUGCGAGAAAGAAACAGGUCUUUGUCAAGAAUGUGUAAAUGGAACAUACGGGAUCGUGUGUGAACUUGAUUGUUCUGUCAACUGUGAAGACAAAACCUGCAUGAAGGAAACUGGCUACUGCUUAGAGUGUGUUGCCGGUCUCUAUGGAUCCAACUGUACCCAGACCUGUCCUAUGAAUUGUCAAAACGAAUGUGACAGAUACACUGCAGUGUGCAAAGAUGCCUUAUAUGGUAAUAUGACAACCAAUUCCAUGACGUUGCCUAUUACUAUGGGAAGAAUGUCAGCGAUGGAACUGUUUGACUCCUUGAAGACGGAAUCUACCACUAUUUACGGCAAUUUAGAGACAUUUUUAAUGAUGACAACAAAAGAGCAGUGGACUUUUGAGACUGGCAGUUGA